GCAUCAACACUCCCAUCCAAGGUCGCCAGCUCCAGUCCACGCCACUCAAACCCCCAUUCUCUACAAAACCACUCUCACUGCCACUCCUGCGAGUUUCCGGCCCCAAGAGCCAGCAAAUUCUUCACCGCCCACAAUGGCUCCACCACCACCCAAAUCAGGAGCUGCAGGCCUGCUCGCCCGCCAGCUGAAGGAAAUGCGAGGCGACAAGAACCUUCCCGGCAUCUCAUGCGGGCUCGUCAAUGACAGCAACGUCUUUGAGUGGGAGGUCAUGCUCAUGAUUUCGGAUGACUGCAAGUACUACGGCGGCGCCAACUUCCGCGCCAACCUCUCAUUCCCACAAUCCUACCCCCUCAUGCCACCAACCAUGACCUUCCUGACACCCAUCCCCUUCCACCCCAACGUGUACUCCUCGGGCGCAGUCUGCAUCUCGAUCCUGCACCCCCCCGAGGACGACAAAUACGGGUACGAGAGCGCGUCGGAGCGGUGGUCGCCGGUGCAGUCGCCGGAGACGAUUUUGAUUUCUGUGAUCUCGUUGUUGCACUCGCCGAAUGAUGAGAGUCCGGCGAAUGUGGAGGCGGCGGUGUUGUGGAGGGAGGAGCAGAAGACUGGGGGGAGGGAGUUUAGGAGGAGGACGAGGAGGUGUGUUAGGGAGAGUUUGGGGGAGGAGUAG